AUGUUUCAAAGUAAAAUUCCUAAAGCAAAAGAAUUAAAGCGAAAAUUAACAGUAUCAAUGAAAGAAAAUGAAAAAAAUGAUCUUAUGACCGUAUUAAAUGAUGCAAUAAAUCUUCUACACGGUAUUGUAAGUAUUGAUACUAUAUCAAAGUUAAAAAAAUCACAGACUGACACAAGCAAGAUAAAGCGAGAGAAGACUAAGGAAAAUAUAGUAAAAAAAAUACAACCAAUAAAAAAACCUCAUAAAAUUGCUAUUAAGAAAAAUAUAAAUACCGAAAAUACACGACGCAAGUCUAAGGUAAAACUACCAAAGAGUGAUCCAGUUGAUGAAAUAUCAAAUGAAGUUGUUGAAACUGCUCCUUUGGUAGAUGAAACAGCUUAUUUGUUAGAUGAUUCAGCUCUUUUAGCUGAUGAGGCAACACCUGAAUUUUUUGAAAUUGUUGAAGGUGAUGUAACAUCACCUGGUAUCCAUGAAACAAGCUUAGAUGUCGAUGAGACAAUACCUGAAAUCGAGAUGCUACCGGAAAAUGAAGUUGUAACAGAUGUUGAAUUAGAUGCUGAUGUUGAAGCAGAGCCUUUAGUCGAAACUGUCACAGAAAUUGAUAAUAUUCCUAAUACUGAUGAUACGGAAUCGCAUGCUAAUGAAAUACAAGAACAAGUACAAGAAACUGAAAAUAUUAUUGAAGAAUCAACACCAGAAGUAGAAGAACAGUUCUCAAAUGAAAUACCGUCCAAAACUGUGUUAGAGCAAGGAGUUAAAAGCGAAGAUCUUUCUAAAAUAUCACCGUCAAAUACUUCUGAUAAUAUAAACUCUGAAGAAAUAAAUGAGGGAGAUCCCGGACAGCGCAAAGUUAAAUGGGUGUCGAAAUCUGUUGCCAAUUUAAAGCCUAGUUCAAAGAAAUCGAACUAUCAUGAAAAUGGCUGCGAUGAAAAUAUUCCAACAAGACCUAAAUCAGUCUUGAAAAAUCCUGUGAAAACUGACGGUGAAGCUUUGAAAGAUUUAUUAUGUAAGCUACGAAAUAAUUCAAAAUCACAGUUAUCUUUAGGCAUAGGAAAUAAAGAAGAAUUGAAAUCUAUGCUAGAUGUGAUUGAUUUAGACUACAGUGAGAUUAAAAAAAUUAAUGAAUUUCUGCAGUUGUUACUAAAAUCUGUGGACGAAGAUGUUAAUAAUGAAGAAGAAAUAUCAGAUACAGGAUUAAAAAUAGUGCGUGAAACUAAAUCACUUUACAAUUUAAAAAGUUUGGGAAACGUGAAUGAACACUACAAGAAACGUGAUAAAGUACUUGAGAAUGAAAUUCUUCAAAAGUAUCUGACCGAGUCAGAUGAUUCUGUUGAAAUACUGUCACGGUUUUACGAAGCCACGAGUCUUUUUAACAAAAUGACGAAAAAGCCUGUUGGCAUUUUAAAGAAGAAAACUAGCAUGGCAAGUCUUUCAAGUGUGAAAACUAUGCUAUCUGCAGAUCAAGUAAAGGUGGAUAGACAGUCGAAUGAUGGAAAAGAUACACUUGAUAUUCAGUCUCACAAUUCAGAUCAAUCAAAGUCAAAUAAACGAUUAAGUAUGAAGAAAAGGCAUUCAAAAAUUUCCUUCAAGAAUGAAGUAGAUUCAGCUUAUUCCGGGAACUUACCUAAACCUAACUCAAGCAAGUUCUCAAAGUUAAGGUUUUCGAUUAAGAAUUUAAAACAAAGAAGAACUAGCAAGAGCUACAAAGGUCUAAGGCCUAAGUACUCUAAAUUGGUUAGGCCUCCCCUAGUUCAAGUUCCGCCACCAUUCCUGACUUCCACUAAAAGUAAAACUUUAAAUAAUGUUGACAAAAAAACAAGUGAUGUCUUACAUUAUGGCUCUCAUACAGUUGUUGGCAGUAAACACAAAUUUGAUGCUAAAAUAAAUAAUAACAGAAUAAGUCUUGAUGAUGAAAUCAAUGAAAUGGUAAACGAUUUGAACGAAGAGUAUUUUGAAAGGAGUGGUCGAGAUAAGUUACAUAAGAAGAAGAGUACCAGUAGUCUCAAGAGCAAAAAGAUUGAAGAGAGUCCAAGCUUAGAAAAAUACUUAAAUGAAAUUGCUAAAAUUGAUAAAGAGGCUCAAAAGAAAAUAGAUAAGGAAAAUAAAAGAGCAGAAAAAGAAAAGAAAUCCAAGGAGAAAUUAAAUAAAAAACUAGAAGCUCAGAGAAAAAAAAGUGCCGAUAAAUUAUUGAAGAAAGAAAGUGCAGAUGCUAAAAAGAAAAUGAAAUUGUUAAAAGUUGACACAAAAAAAACAGAUGAAGAUGAAAUAUCAUCGACUAAAAGCUCAGAAAGUGUUACAAGCAUGGAGAAAAUCUCUUCUCAUAUCAAUAUUAGCAGCACAGGCGAAACUGAUGCAUCCCAUACAACUGUACCACAAAACGAUAGCCCAGAUGGUAGUACUAAAAGUAAAGAUUCGGCAGACAAAGGUCCAAAAACAAGUGAUCCAAGCCUCAUAGUAAGCAGACCGUCCAAAGAAAGAACAGAAGUCACUAAGCUAGAUACCAGUUCAAAAGUGAGACGAAAUCCUAAAGGUAGAAUUGAAGAAAUAAUAUCCAUUACGUAUUUAAAAACUCGAGGAACCCAAUAUGACGUUAGUCAUAUGGAAGUGGAUAAUAAUUCAAAUAAGGUAAAAAAUCCAACCAAUGAGGCAGCUCUGGCCGUAAAGGAGAAUAGCGUAAUUACAAUAUAUGAUAACAGUGUUGAUAAUACACCAAGCUCCCCGGAUCCGCACAAGGCUUUCGCGAAAGAAAAAGCUAAGCAGGACAAAAGAAAACAGAACAAAGGACCAGAUGUACCAAGAAAAGAUACCGCAAACGACAAAGAAAUCAAUGGCUCCGCAGACGUAAAUAAAACAGGCAAGAAAGAGGACAAAGGAGAAGCAACGGGUGAUGCAGUUAACACGGAUGGUAAGAAAGGGACAGUAGAUAAGAAGCAGUCCGCCCACACUCAGAUAAUUUUUGAAGCUCCACAUCCUAAACAAGCGAGAAAACGGAAUAGAUUUUCUAAAGACCAACAUUCAACACUGCAGAACAGCUAG